AUGGCAGAUCUCUCUUUGAUGCCAGCUACGCCUGUGACUCACGCUGGUGAAGUAACCUCAUGGAUUCCGCUCACAAGUACCUUCACGCCAUCGUCUGGCUGCGAAUCCAUCUUCCGGCUCAACGGACCCAGUCUGGUAGCGUUUGAUCCAGGCUACGGUCUCGACAUCGAUGAGGAUGUCGACUGCGUACCUUCCGCAGUGACAACGUGGUGGGAACAGGCGCGACUGGGUGUCGGUGGUGAAGAGCAUACAGCGCUGAGCAUUCAGCCCCUAAUAUGCCCGAAUCUGUGGACGACCGUCAUGACCUACGUUACGGAUACCUCCACAACCCAGAUAAUGUGCUGUCCCUCAGGCUACACCAACCCGUUCCACACAAGCGGCCCCGUCAACGGUGAUUGCGUCUCAACCGUCUCCAAGGGUAUGGUCUUGACAUAUGCAUCUACACCUUAUGGCUCGUCCAACGACUGGACUAUUGAGACAACGACGGCAGCGCGAUAUUCAAGUGUCGGAGCUAUCGCAGUAGUGGGCUUCAACGUCGCUCGUGCACCUCCGACCUCUACACCAAGCCCUUCCGGUGGUUCUACAAGCUUCGCAAGCUCGUCCUUCACAUCCGCAUCGCCAGCUAUGUCGACAAGCGCCCCGUCACCAACUUCGUCCGGUUCGAACGGCCCUGCCAAAGACGGCGGAAUGUCAACAGGCGAGAAGAUCGGUAUUGGCUUGGGUGUUACACUCGGUGUGAUCGGUACUGCGGCGCUCAUCUUUGCCGUGCUGUUGCUUCGCCGAAGGAAUGGAAAGCGAGCAAACACACCUAACGCCUCCGUUCCGGUGGCCGAAAGCGAACCCAAACCGAUGGAAACAUAUCAAUACCCUCAACAAUACGAAUAUCAAGUCUCUGAGCUCCAGGGUCAUUAUCAACCUCACGAACUACCCUCUCAAGAGCCUAAGUCUCCAGUCGAGAUGGGAUACCCUGGUCGAUAG